UGUGGGACCAUAGAUGACGACGGCGGUCCUAACGAUGGUCUGACGGAGCGCAGCCUCCAGGACGCCCAGCGGCUGUACCUGAUGAACGACGUGGUGCAGCCCGUCUCUGUGGACCCCUUGGUCAUGCAGGACGAUGUGCGCUUCUCCAGGCUGGUAGUGGACAUCGUACAGGGUCACGACACCCUCUACCACGUCAUGUACAUCGGCACAGGUCAGUAGAGUUUAAAGGUCAGGGGUCAAGGUCAAUAGGUUAGACCCAAACAAUCAAUCAUCAACCAAUUAAUCAAUCAAUCCCGGCACCCUCCGCUAGCUGUCCAUCCAAAGGACGUUCUAUUGACCUAUUAUAGAGCCCUGAGUUUUCCCUAGCCACAUGACCUGACUGUAUACAGAACAAACCAAUGAAUUAUCAUCAUCAUCCUCUUCCUCCUCUCUCCUCCAAUCAGAGUACGGCACCAUCCUGAAGGUCCUGGCCACCACCAAUAAGAGCCUUCAGGGGUGUUACCUGGAGGAGAUCCAGCUCCUUCCCCCUGGGGUGCGGGAGCCAAUCCUGAGCCUGCAGAUCCUUCACAGUGAUAGGUCACUGUUCGUAGGACUCAACAACAGAGUUCUGAAGAUUCCAUUGGAGAGAUGCUCCAACUACAAGACUGAGACGUGA